AUGGACCGUUUCAAGAGGCCGCUCGAGUCGGAUGAGAGGCCGCUCGAGCGGUGCUGGGGAGGCGAGCUUGCCGGCCUCGCCACCUGCCCGCCUGUCCGUCCGAUGAGCGGUGCCUUCAAAGAGCACUUUUGUCCCCGGUGCCGCGAGGGUACCAUCUUCAUCCCCGCGCGUCGUGUCCGGGUCCUCCGCGACGAGGGCAUCGCAAACACCCACUCGGUGGGGGUAUGGAAUCUUCCGCGCAGCGGCACAAGCCGCCGCAAGAGCACGCCGCCUUCAGUCCUUCCGGCGCACCGAAUCGUGAAUCAGACGAAGUGCUGCUCUGGCGCAAAGCUCGUCAUCCUUCGCGACGCGACGCACGUCGACCUGCCUGGCCUCUCGCCCCUCCCGGCCGGGCUGCAAGACAGCUCCCUCGGCUUCCGCGUCGGCAAGACGCUGAAGCCCGUCCUCUCCGUCCCUCUGCCACACGUCGCCUUCUCGCUGCAGUCGGCGCUCGCCCCCGCCGCUCCCGCCGCCGCCGCCGUUAGCAACGGCUGUGCGCUGCCUGCUUGCCGCUGGAGCGACGGGCCCCUCGCCGCUCCGGGGCUGCUCGAGGAGCUGCUGUGGGGCGAGGCGGCGGGCGGCGAGGCGGCGGGGGGCGAGGCGGAGGGCGGCGAGACGGAGGGCGGCGAGGCGGAGGGAGGCGCGUGGGGCGUUGCGGCCCCUGCGGUCGGCUCUUGGGCUGUGGCGGCAGGAGCCGCUCUUCACGUCGCCGCCCGCGUCGCUGCCGCCCUCCCCGCCGGAGGGGCGCAGCCACGCCGCCGCGAGCCUGCUCGGCCGCCAGCAGAAGAGCUGGCUGCUGCAGCGGCACAGCUGGCUGCUGCAGAGCGGACUCCGGCGGCGCGUCGGCAGCGCGAUUGCACCGACGACGCUGCGUGCCGCCAGGCGCCGCUGCUCUCUGUGGCCGUCGCCGUCGCGCUGCUGCUCCUCACGGCGCUCCUCCUACGCAUCAACCCGACAGGGACGAGAGGCGCCCUCGGCGACUCUUGCCCGUCGCUCGCCGACCUGGCGGCGAGGCUCUCCUCCCACCCCAUGUCCCUCCCCUCCCUCAUCUUCCCGCUCACCCUGCUGCUCGCCUCGGUCCUGCCCGGCGGCGGCGGACCCGGCGGCGGCGGCGCGUGCACGGGCGGCGUGGGGCGCGCGAGUGGCGUGGGGCGCGAGGGCGGCGCGGCGGGCGAGGGCGGCGCGGCGGGCGAGGGCGGCGCGGAGGGCGAGGGCGGCGCGGGGGGCGAGGGUGGGGCGGGGGGCGCGCCUUUGCGCCGCACCGCCCCCUCCGGACCGCAGAGCUACUUUCUCUCGGCGAUGCUUGUCUGUGGCUCGGCGGUGCUCGCGCGGCAGUCGGGGCCCCGCUUCGCCGCCGUCGGCGGCGAGACCGCCAUGAGCACGCUCGUGCGGCGCGCCGUCGCCGCGGUGAUGGUCGCUUGCUCCAUCGGGCUCACCGCCUGCCAGCUGGGCGGCUACGUCCGCUCGCCCUUCCUCGUGAUGCGCGUCUGCUCCGGGCUUGUGUAUUCGAGACCUCCAGGCGCCUGCUACGCGGCGCACGUGCUGUGGCUCGCGCAGCAGCCGGACCGCUCUUUGUCGCGCGAGUGCGUCGCCCACGCCCUCCUCUCCGACGACGCUCUCCACCCCUCCUCGCUGGCAAACGAGACCUUCGGAGCGCUGGACUUGCCGCGGAGAGAGGGGGCGACGCGGCUCGGCUGGACCGAUUGCGACCCGCCGCCGUCGCUGCUCGACGCGCUCCCCGGCGCGUGGUUCAUCGCCGUCGCGAGUGUCUUCACGCCGAGGGUGCGGGCGGCCAUCCGCGAGAAGGUGGUGGGCGGCGGCGGCUGGAGCCGCUCGCGGGCGGGGCUCCUGGGCUGA